AUUUGAAAUGCCUGUUCUGCAUCUAUUUCUAUUACCCCAUAAAGUUGCCAUUUUUAAUUGAGUAGUUUUCUUGAACUUUGAACCACUUUUCCCCUUUUCCUCUUAUCUUUUUCUCUUCACCUGACCGUUACAAAAUCUUCAAUCUUUCUUUGUUCUUCUUCUCACUGUAAUUUUUGAAAAAAAAAAAACAAAUCCAUUCUUGGGAAAAAAAAUGGGAAGUUGUUUGAGCAAGAAGAACACUUCUUGUUCUUCUUCUAAAUCUACUUCUACAUCAAAUGAUGUAGUUUCAAACACAAAUCAAGAAAUCACAAAAACUAGCACUACCCAAGUGGACACCAAGAAAGAGGUAGAGGUAGAAAAUGUGAAAAAGGAAAUCUUUGUUAUCAAACACAGAAAAAGCCAUGAAGUUGAUAGGAAGAUUGAAGAAGAAAAGGGUAUUGUUAAAAAGGCAAAUGAAGCAGUUGAGUCUGCUAAAAAUGGUACUACUACUAAUAACAAAGAGAAUGUUGGUAUUGUUGUAUCAGCUCCUGUUAGGACUUCAAGUUGUACUAAAGAAGAGGUUGAUGCUAUUUUGAUACAAUGUGGUAGGCUUAGUAGGAGUUCAUCUCUUGGAAAGACAGGACUUAGUGGAUCUACUGAUGGGAAUCCACAAAGGAGUAGAAAGUAUUCUGGUUCAAAGAGGAGUUUUGAUUUUGAAAAUGAGAAUGGAAAUGAGGGGUUGCAAGAAAAUGUUGUGGAUUGUGAGGAUGAUAAUGGGGUUCGUAGGCAUAGGCAACGUCAACGCCAGCCUAGAACCCCUAAUUCUUCGUCUCAAGGACGAAGGAGAACCCCGAGUAGGGAGAGAGAUCAGGCACAACAACAACGGUCGGGUAGUAGCAGAGAAAGAGGUAGUAGUAGUGGAGGGGGUAGAAGGGUGAGUAGAUCUCCUGGUAGAAGAUCUGAAUCACCAAUUACUACAACCUUAAAUGGUGCUAAUGUGGCUUCUGUUAGGCCAGGAAAGAUGGUAUCUGUACCUGCUACUGAUAAGAGUAUUGAUGCUGGUGGAGCUGAUAAUAUUUCUGCUGCUGCUGUUAAGAGGAUUCAAGUGAAGAGAAAUAAUGCAGGUGGUGGUGAAGGUCCAAGAACUGCUGCAUCUCCGCGUGCUCGGUCACCAGCAAGGGUGAAUGCAAAGGUGUUGAAUGAGAGAGACCAAAAUCAACAGCAGCCAAUGUCUCUGAGUCGAAGCAAUUCGAGGAAACAAGAACAAUCUCCUUACAGAAGAAAUCCUCUCAGUGAGAUUGACACCAAUGUUUUAAACAAUAACAUCCCUUCUCAGAAGGUGAAUGCGGAAACUGUGAGCAAUGGCAAAGUUGUUCAGCAAGGAAUUGAGAACAAACUUGGCAGCAGCAAAGGGACUUUGGAUGGAAAAGUCAAGGAGCAGCAGCAGAAUGUUGCAAUGAAUGUGAUUGUUUCAGGACCCGAAAACCAUAAUAAACCCCAGAGAAGCAGGUCACUAAGGCUAUCUAGGGACCUAGACAUCAAUCCUGAAGCUCUCACAAAUCCUCCUCAAUCAUAUACUGCAUUAUUACUUGAGGACAUCCAAAACUUCCAUCAAAAGACCAAUACUACCACACCUGCAUAUUCCCUACCAGCUUGUGUAACAAAGGCUUGCUCAAUUCUUGAUGCAGUUGCUGACCUUAACUCAACCACCAGCUCCAAUCUUUCCAGUGCUUUCUCCGAUGAUAGGAGAAGAAACCCCACAACUGAGAAAUUUAACCAGAAUGAUAAUGCUUCGAAGAGGCUAGGGAAUAAGGAACCGUUCGUGGAGUCUGAAGUUACUGUGAGUGAUGACUUAAUGGAGCCAAGCAUACAGAAGUAUGUAACAUUCAGAAGGGGAACUGAUAUGGAAGAGCAAGAAUCCUCGGGAAGCAACAGUGUUGUUGGUGGGCAGCAAAACUGGCUUUCCUCUUCCUCAUGGGAGCCAAAUUCGGCUGAUUCAACCGACUGUUGGACUUCUUCAAAAUCUUCCUACAGUAGAGAUGAUAACAAGAGUCCUCUAGGCUUUCAAAGGCAUGCAGUAUCUGAGAUUGGCCAUGACAUGGAAGAAGGCAAAAGACGAGUGAAUGUGAAGAGGAGGGAUUCUUCUGACAAACAGCAAACAGGAAUAGGCCGUGGCAGAGUUGGAACUGGAGGAGGUGGUCUUCACCCAAUUUCUAUGGCUGCUUCUACUUAAAAACAUCGAACAGUUUGCUAGGAUUGUAUGCGAGUUUGUCUUAGAGCAGAUUUUCUAGUUGUGGUUGCACGCUUUGCAGCCUUUUGUUUUUGUUGAAGAUUGUACGCUUUGCAACCUUUCGCUUCAUUGAACAUUGUCUACAAACCAUUUACUAGAAGCAAAUGUUAUUCAUCUAA